GUUUUGGCGACAUUUAGACUGAAUGAAGGUGGAAAACUGCUAGUUGUACCUCAAGAUGGAAGCCAUUGGCUUAGCAUGCGAAACUUGAUAGAGAAGCUGUCCCACAGAAGUCAUGAGAGUGUUGUGGUUGUCCCCGAUGUCAACUUUCACUUUAAGAAUUUAGACCAAUUUACAGUGAGAACUUUUGCUGCUCCCUACACCAAAGAGUAUAUUGAAUCAAUGAUAAAAGACUAUACCAAUGAAGUGUUUGAAGAGAAGAGAGCCUUACAGAAAGCAACUGAUACGUAUGACAGGAUGAUGAAUAUGACAAGGUAUUUUGUAGAAGCAUGUAAGAACCUUCUUUACAAUGAAACUUUUCUCAAUGAUUUGGAAACACACAAGUUUGAUGCUAUGUUGACUGAUCCAGUCUUUCCAUGUGGAGAAAUAAUAGCUCAACAUUUAUCUAUUCCAACUGUAUUCUUCAUGAGAGGGGCUCUAUUUGGCGUGGAACAGGAAGCAACCAAGUCUCCCAACCCACUGUCUUAUGUGCCAAGAUUCUUCACUGUAUAUACUGACCACAUGACCUUCAAUGAAAGAGUGAAGAACUUUCUGUUGAGAUAUGUUGAGAUGAUUCUGUGCCGUAUUUUCUAUGCUCCUUUUGCUCAACUGGCAUCAGAUUUUCUGCACAGGGAAGUCUCAGGUGUGGACCUUUUCAGUCGGGCUUCAAUCUGGCUCUUAAGACAUGACAAUGUCUUUGAAUUUCCAAGACCUUAUAUGCCAAACAUGGUACUUAUAGGAGGAAUUAAUUGUGCCACGAAGAAGCCUCUAAACCAGUACGUCAUUUGCUUUCUGCCUAUGCUGGAAGGCAGAAGGUUAGCGGGGGGCGGGGCACAGCGGUUGACAUCGAUCUCUCCUACCCUCUUGGUGCUGGCUGAAGAGGAACGAUCCCCACUGCUGACACAGACAGGGAGAGAAGCGGUGAUUGAAGUGAACACAGACCACUACAACCGUCACUCAGCGGAGAGGAGGACAGGAGAGCAGAGCUGA